UUCCAUGACCGAACUGAAGGCGACUUGACUGAAUUUGCAGCUGGCUCCACCCUCCGUUACUCAGUCAACUACGUGUUGAGCUUGGAGCCUUUAACCAGCCAGCAUCCCAGAGGAACUUUGUCCUGGCUUUUUUUUUUUAUCUGAAGGAAACAAGCCGCUUUCUCAGCCGACGCAGGUUUGUCAACUUUCGACCUCAAUCGAUCGUUUUCCGCUCGCAGAAGAUACACGUUUUAUCUUUAAUGAGGUCUGAUGUCUGCGUGGAAACAGAUGAUAUUUGAACCCACCAAAAGCGGCGGAGAGAGAGGAGGUGGGUGUUGGAUACAAGGCUGUUUGUCUUCCGUUCUUCUUGUUUUAUGCAGCGUUGUUUUGUUUGGAUUGUAGUUAAUAAAGUCGCAAACUGAAGAAUCUCAUGAAUAUUUUAAGGACGAUCUUUUAACUUUGACCAGAGAGUUCUUAAGGAAACUUUAUACGAGCUUAGAUCUGAAGAUAGCAUUUAGUAAAUGUGAAACAAUGGCGUUGAAAGCCAAAGUGUUGUAUGAUUUUCACGCUGAAAACCCAGGAGAGAUUUCCAUAGCAGAGAAUGAGUUGGUGACUCUGUUCAGUGAGGAGGAGUUGGAGGGCUGGCUGGAGGGGGAGAACAGCAAAGGGGAGGUUGGCCUCUUUCCUGCCUCUUACGUUGACAUCAUCAGGGACCAAAUCACCUCCAGUGCAAGCAACAACGGCUAUUCCUCUCCCAAAACCAUAACCCAGUCCCCCAGCCACACCUCGUACACGUCGCCAGAUUCCCACUCCCAGAGGAGGUUUAAGGUCGGCAGCGGUGGAGGGAGCAGCUUCAACACCAGCCAGGGCAGCGACGAUGACUGGGACGACGACUGGGACGACAGCUCUUCUGCUCAGGCAGGCACCACCCCUCCCUUGUACCCGGUCACCACCUCGCUGCCAGGUCGGGGGACCGGCCAGCAGCAGCAGCAACAACAGGCCAAGAGCUCGGCUACAGUUGGGAGGAACCUCAACAGGUUCUCCACCUUCGUCAAGUCUGGCGGAGAGGCCUUCCUGCUCGGGGAGGCCUCUGCUUUUGUCAAAGACGGGGACAGGAUCUGUGUGGUGAUGGGGAAGUAUGGACCAGAGUGGCAGGAGGACCCUUACCCAUUCACAUGCACCAUUGACGACCCCACGAAGCAGACCAAGUUCAAAGGCAUGAAGAGCUAUAUGUCUUAUGGCCUCACCCCAACGCACACUAAUGUACAAGUUAACCGCAGGUAUAAACAUUUUGACUGGCUUUAUGCUCGGCUCGUUGAGCGCUUCCCUGUAAUCUCGGUACCCCACCUGCCAGAGAAGCAGGCUACGGGCCGCUUUGAGGAGGACUUUAUCUCUAAGAGGAGGAAGGGUCUCAUCUGGUGGAUGAACCACAUGACAAGUCACCCCGUCCUGGCCCACUGUGACGUCUUCCAGCACUUCCUGACCUGCGGGGCCGACGAGAAAGCCUGGAAAAUGGGCAAGAGAAAGGCAGAGAGGGACGACUUGGUCGGCGCAAACUUCUUCCUAACAAUCAGCACUCCAGUCGUCCCCCUGGACCUUCAGGAAGUCGAGAGCAAGAUCGAGGGCUUUAAGAGCUUCACCAAGAAGAUGGACGAGAACAUUGUUGUGGUGAACACGUCCAUCAACGAGUUUGCCCGCAAGCAGAUAACGGGCUUCAAAAAGGAGUACCAGAAGGUUGGGCAGUCCUUCAAGCAUCUGGCGCAGGCGUUUGAGCUGGAUCAGCAGGUCUACUCGACAGGCCUGAACAAAGCCAUCUCCUACACCGGAGAGGCCUACGAGGCCAUAGGGGAGUAUUUUGCAGAGCAGCCGCGGCAGGACCUGGAACCCAUUUCUGAUCUGCUGGACCUCUACAGAGGACAUCUAUCCAAUUUCCCCGACAUCAUCCACGUGCAGAAAGGUGCGCUGACCAAGGUGAAAGAUUGUCCAAAGAAGGAGGGCGAGCUCCACGAUCGCUGCAACAUCAUUUCCUGUGCCACACUAGCAGAAAUCCAGCACUUCCACCGCACGCGUGUGCGGGACUUCCGGAUGCAGAUGCAGCAUCACCUGCGCCAGCAGAUCAGCUUCUUCCAGAAGAUCACUGCCAAGUUAGAGGAUGCCUUGCACAAAUACGACAUUGACCAAUAGGACAGGGCCAAAUAAGGAAAGAGGUUGGGAGCGCUAGCCUGAAGGAGAUCGAAGGAAACUUUAGUACAAAAUCAAAGGAUUGAUGAUCGACAUCUUAGCAUUUGAAAGAAAAAGGAAAAAAAAACAAACUUGAAGAUGUGAUGGAUCUUCCAUCUGGCAUUCUGGAAGGUGUGCAUCUGCAAAAAUAGCCACAGGACAACUUGUGGGAUUAUCUGGAGAGCUCUGAUGAGUGUACCAGUUCCAGGGAUUUUGUGAGCACUCCAUGCAACAUUUAAAGCAGCCCUCAGUGUGCUGCUGUUUGAAUCAUGAUUUCUGGGUCAUCUCACUGUCUCCUGUUUCUUCCUGAAGGGAUGUGGGUCUAAACCAACAUAAAACACGGACAAAAGACUUCCCAAACAGCCUGUAUCGAAACCUAAGUUAACAUUUGUAAUCAUUAUCCCAUGUGUAAGUUUUACUUGAAUAACCCGCUCAGUAUUGUUGGAAUGUGCAGUUUGGAGAAAUUCAAACAUUUUAUAAAAAUAAAAUAAAAUAUUAUCCCUUGGACAAUUCAGAUAUUGCAACAGUUUCAAAGUUUUACAAUCUAUUCUACAUUCCCUUCUUAUUUAAAGUGCUGUGAAAAAGUAUUUGCCCCCUUAUAGAGUUUGUUACAUUUAAAAGUGUCAAAUCAUUGAACUAACUCUGAAAUCAGACUAAAGGUGCAUGCUGGUGUAGUUGAUAGCACUGUUGCCUUGCAGCAAGAAUGUCCUUUGUUCUAAUAUGCGUCUUUCUGCAUUUGAAAAUUUAAACUCCAGUUUCUGUCUGGAGUUUGAAAGUUAUCCCCUUUCACCCACCUGACCCAAAAGACAGGUUUAGAUCAUGCCUUUGAUGUAGAGUCAAAAUUAGGAUUAUUGUGCAGCCAGUGGUGUUUGCUUCCUUGUCGCAUAAGGUUAUCUAAUCUGAAGCCAGGUUCUGAUCUGAUUAAUAAUGAGCCAGUACUGGUAACUGAGAAAGCGACUAGUCACUUGCGCUAGUGAUUAGCAUGCUGAGGCUGGUCACCCGCUGAAUCGCCUACUUCCUUUUGCUGUCCAUUAGCAUGGAUAGGCUGCUGUUAGCUUUGGAUAGGCUAGCCAUAGCUAGAGUGUUUGUGCGACUCCUUCAGGAAGUCGCAAAAAACCAAGAAGAACAUCUAAAACUCUGCAAGCCCAACAUGCUUAAGGAUUUGACAAUUACAAAAAGAGUUUGCAAAAUGGUGUCAGAGAGUCCCAAAAGUAAAAACCGUUGCUGGCCAAAAAGAGCACAAAGGCUCAUAACACAUUUGCAACAAAGCAAAUUGUAAUCCUCAAGACCUUUUGGAAAGUGUUCUGUGGACAGCCUGUGUAAAAUUGGCACAUUUUGGAAGUUGUGUGUCUUUUUGCAGUUAACAUAAAACUGACAGCAUUUCAAAAAGAGAAAAUCACACUAACCUUGGAACAUGGUAGUAGCAUGAUGAUCUGGGGCUGUUUUGCCUCUUCUGGAUCUUGACUACUUGCUGUAAUUCAUGUAUCCUUAAAUUCUGCUUUCUGGCGGAAAGAAGAAGGUUUAGUUUGUGACCUAAAGAUUAAGUACACUUGGGUCAGAUAGCAUGAUAAACUGAAGCACAAGUGUUCACCUCCCUGUAGCUAAAUAAUUUUGAUCUUAAUUAAAGGCUAAAUGUCUUCCUUCACCGGGCUGCAAUACACCUAAGACCAGGUUGGUUUGGAUAUAUAUAUAUUUUUUACCCUAAUAAAGUAAAUCACCUUUUUAAAAAUAUUUGUAUUAUUGUAUUUUGUAUUCACUGUUGUCUUUUACUGUACAUUCACAAACAUUAGCUACAAACUGAGACAUUUAAAUGUAACAAAAAACCCCAAAAACAGAAGAAAUCUGUUAAUUGGCAAAUACUCUUUCACAAAUCUGGAUAUGGGUCAGAUGUCUUUUGCUGAACCAACAGUCUGUAUAAAUUAAUUUCACAGUCUAAACUGCAGGAACCAGGUCUGAUGUCAUUGUGAUUCCAGAUAUAGAGUACAAUGAUAAUAAUAAUGAUGAGCUUAAACACAAUACAUUUGAUGAAUAAAACACCUUUCAAAAACACAAGUAGCAAAUGCCUUACAUGAGAAGAUUAAAGACCAACACAUUUCAGAAAAAGGCAAAAAUGUUGUGAUUAAAAAAUAAAUGCCAGAGAGUAAAAAAAUAAAUUAAAUACAAGAUAACACAACACAUUUAAACAGUGAUAAGAACGUAUAUCAGACAAUUAAACACAAAUAAAACUAAAAUUAGUAACAUAAGAAACAACCAGCCUGAGAAUGCUAAUCUGAUCCCCAUAGGCAGAGUGUUUCACCGAAUAAACCCAAAAAGCUCCUUCACACCUAAGUCAAGGUUCUGGUAUGACCAACAGAACUUUGCUUAUUGGCAGAGCAGAAAUAUGGGGAACCAAUAUGUUCCACAUAUUCGCCUUAGUACGUAAUUAUUCUGGCUGCUGCACUUUGUGUGAUGUGCAAUUUGCGUAACUUUUGCAGGAUCAGACAAGUUGCAAAAUUGAAAUGUACUGGAGAUGCAGCAUGAAUCGGAAAUCUGAAACUCUUUACAGUGACCUUGCUGAGUCUCUGGAGCUACAUGAAAAAUGUUUGAGCAACAUAACUGAAGUGCCUUGAAGGUGAAGUAACAGUAAAAGAAUACAAGGUUUUUACAAGAAUGGAGUUCAGGCGUGUACUAGUGAGUCACAUACAUCUGAGUCAAAAAAGAUUACCCAAGUUUUGUACAUGUUUAGCUGCAGGGAGUUACGUGCUAUCCAUUUGCAUUUGAUAUCUGGGAUGGAGUAAUAAUGUGUGUUCAGUUUAAAAUAUUCCAUUUGGGUUAAAGGAAAUGUACAGUUGGCUUGUAAACAGAAUGACAUUUACAAAGAAAACAGGAGAGGUCCAAGGAAGGAGCCUUGAGGCACAAUAGGUUACUUCAUUGAGGAUGUCUGACAUUGGACAAAACAUCUGAUCUGAAAAUAUUUAAAUUGUGUGGAUUUUUUCUUGUUGCAAAAAUGUUAGCUACCAGAGGAAGGUCACAAUCUGAGAUUUUUAAGUAAAUUUUUUUUCUUUAGUAAACAUUAGUAAUAAGUAAUCAGUAAUAUACAGUCUUUGACUCAACUAAUAAGCCAAUAUUUUCUUUAUAAAUUGCAAAAAUAAUGAGUGUUCAAUAGGCAUAGUUACCUCAGAACUAUAUAUCUAACUUUUACUUAGUAUUUUCUUGAAGGUUUUUUUUUAUUUUUUUUACCACUUUUCACAUCUGUUUAUUAAAAAAAAUCAACCUACUGUUGGGGGGGGGGGGGGGUGUUAGCUGACGCCUACUUCCAAUUUUCUCAGAAAAACACACAAAUAUUGAUAUUAUAGAUUUAAAAAUAAUUUUUAUAGAAACAUCUAUUUCUGUACAUGCAGAAUAAAAAACAAUAUGCAUAUCAUUGCAUAGUUGUUUAUAUAUAUAUAUAUAUAUAUAUUUGUCUUAAAUUUUUGUUAUAUAUCAUAAUAACGUAAAAUUGUGGUAUUUCUGCUGAAGGUUCUUCUAGAAUCUCAUACGGGUCCAGACUUAGUUUGACAUCAUGAUCAGACACGUUUCCUAUCACUACUACGGUUUUUAAUAGCUAUUCUCGUCGGUUUUACAGUUAAACGCUGCAGUUUUGCUAAACAUGGUUCUUGCAGGUGAGGCUUCACAUUAGUUUUCCUGGGUCUGCACAACAGAACAAUCCUCACUUUUCUAGUUAACUGUGUCCUUCAAAUAUUUAAAUAAAACUGAAACAUGACUUUGACAAGA